GUCAUGGCCUUAGAGCGCAGCCCGUUGUCCGGGCUCUGACCUGGCCCCCAGAGCCUGGGCAGGUGGGAAGCGCCUGGCUGGCUCUUCAACACCCUCUUUGCAGAGCGGGCGCUGGCGCCUUAGCGGCUCCCUCCUGCGCUGCCGAACACGUGUGCACACACAUGCACCGUUUGCUCCCAGCACCUCACAGUCUGGCCUCUGUUAACCUCAAGGCAUGAGCUCAGUUCCGGUGAAGAUGUCAAACCUUUUACUCCAGAGAAAGCCAAGGAAAUUGUGAUGUCUCUACAACAACCGGCAGUGUUUUGUAAAAUGGUUUUCGAUUGGCCAGUACUACAUUGGAAUACUAAAUAUCUUUCUGAGGUGUUGGAUGGAAGGACAAUGCGGUUUAGGAUGGGAAUGAAGAAAAGGGACACAGCUCCUCAGUUUGAAACCAAAUGUAGUUAUGUGGAAGCUACACUUGAAGAGUUUUUGGCCUGGACUUCUGGACAGCCUACUUCUGUCUCUAGACCAUUCAGUUGUUACGAUUCCUCCAAAUAUUGGGCUUAUGCUGACUACAAAUAUAUUGCUAGGAUAUUUGAAGACAAGACAGAAAUUUUCAAGGAUAUAAUGUGGUCUGAUUUUGGUUUCCCUGGAAGAAAUGGAAAGGAGAGCACGUUGUGGAUUGGCUCAGCAGAAGCAAAUACUCCUUGUCAUUUGGAUUCCUAUGGCUGCAAUUUAGUACUACAGAUACAAGGAAGGAAAAGAUGGCACCUUUUCCCGCCUAGCAACACCACUUUCCUUUAUCCCACUAGGAUCCCUUAUGAGGAAUCCAGCAUAUUCAGCAAAGUCAACGUUGUCAACCCUGAUCUGAGACACUAUCCUCAGUUCAGGAAAGCCCAGGCCCAUGUGGUUACACUCAAUCCAGGACAGGUCCUGUUUGUUCCCAGACACUGGUGGCACUAUGUAGAAAGCGUUGACCCCAUCACAGUCAGUAUAAACUCUUGGAUUGAACUGGAUGCAGACCACAGAGCCCGGGUGGAAGAGGCAAUAACUCGAACGCUAGUGUGUGCCAUAAAAUCUGCAGAAAACCCCAGCCGGUUGGAUGCCUGGCUGAAUCCUACAGAAGCUGAGGCAACAUCCCAUGAAAUCAAUCUUCAGUACUUAAAUGGAGCAAUAUCUGCAUAUUUAGAAUAUCAAACGGUAACUGUAUCAGAGGACAGAGAUUGCAGCACCCAUGGUACAGAGAAGGAGGCAUCUUCAUGUAAAAGAAGGAAAAUACAAGCCAACACCAAACCAGAGGACUAUAAAUCAGGAACCCAGGAAGCUGGUUUUACAGUGGUUAAAGCAAAAAAGUUGGAGAAAAUACCAUUUGGGGUGCAUCUUAUUCCAGUAUUACCACAGUCUCAAGAAGCAAGCUCAGUGGGGGCAGGAGCAGUGGAAAGUGACUCUAGAGACCUUCUCAGCGAAAAUGAAGGAGGACAUUUUGGAAAAUCACGCUGCACUGGGAAGCAGUCAGUAAUGAGUAAUGACUGCAAAACACUUGCAGAUCAAACAGAUUCAGACAGCACUGCAAACUCUUCACAAAUGGGCAUUUCUACAAAUGACUUAUUAGAUUGUUUGGUUAAUCCACAAGUCAUCAGUUUAGUGGCCAGUCUCUUGUUGGAAAGAGAGAGAGUUUGAUAGAGUAUUUUAUCAUUUCUAAAAUAAAGAGAAACUGGCAGACUC